AUGUCUGGCCCUCUGGAGGACGAAAAGGCUGCUGAGGAGCGGAAAGAGACUAUGAAGGUUCCGACGACUUCGGACUCUGGACAAGAGGAGGCGCUGGCCCACCAGUCCACCCUCCUCGAGGAUGGAGCAUCACAUCUUACGCAGGAGCACCGCGAGUACCUUCUGAAGAGACAUGGAACAUUGACUCUGGACCCUCUGCCGUCUGCGGAUCCAGCAGAUCCAUACAACUGGCCGAGCUGGAAGAAAAACGCGAACCUCGUCCUCGUGGCAUUCCACGCGAUGAUGACCACGUUCAUCGCAGCAGGAAUCAUUCCAGCCUUCGAAGACAUCUCCGUCGACCUUGGCUGCUCGCUCCAACGAGCAUCCUACCUGACCUCGAUGCAAAUCGCCGUCCUCGGUUAUUCGCCGCUCUUCUGGAAGCCCAUCUCUUACCGAUAUGGGCGGCGUCCAGUCUGGCUCAUUUCGACACUGGGUGCGGGAGUGUGCAAUAUUGGCUGUGCAGUCAGUCAUAGCUACGCAGCCAUGUCAGUGUGUCGAUGCCUCGUGUCAUUCUUCAUCAGCCCGGCCAUUGCUAUUGGUAGCGGAGUCGUUGUCGAGACAUUCUUCAAGAAAGACCGAGGAAGGCACAUGGGAAUCUGGACGCUGAUGGUGACGCUUGGCCCGCCCACCGGACCCUUCAUCAUGGGCUUCGUCGCGUACCACGUCGGAUACCGCUGGAUCUUCUGGAUCUACGCCAUCAUCAACGCAGCCCAAUUCAUCGGCUACCUCUUCCUCGGCCCCGAGACGCGCUACAUCCGCCAGGGCGUCCAACACACGGGCAGCGCCUUCAAGCAAGAGUACCUCAACUUCGGCCACCGCCUCGACCCGACGCCUCUCCACUUCUACGAAUUCCUCCAACCCGCCUCGCUCGCCCGCUACAAGUCGAUCCUCAUCCCAACCAUCUCGUACACCGUCGUCUUCGGCUUCGCCAGCGUCUUCAUGACGGUCGAGAUCCCGCAGAUCUUCCUGCCCAAGUUCGAGUUCAACCCGCAGCAGAUCGGCCUGCAGUUCCUCGGCAUCAUCAUCGGGUCCGUCCUGGGCGAGCAGAUGGCCGGCCCGCUCAGCGACGUGUGGAUGGACCGCGCGGCCAAGCGCAACGGGUCGAUACGUCCGCCGCCCGAGUUCCGCCUCUGGCUGUCGUGGCUCGGAUUCUUGCUGACUAUCGUCGGCCUCAUCGUCUUUGGUGUGCGCACGCAGCAGGCUGUCCCGAUGCACUGGAACGUCACGCCCAUCAUCGGCCUGGCCAUUGCUUCCGUCGGGAACCAGAUCGUGACGACUGUUUUGGUUACGUAUGCGGUUGACUGCCAUCCUGAGUCGUCUUCCAGUAUUGGCGUCUUUGUGAACUUGAUCAGGAGCACGUGGGGAUUCAUCGGCCCAUUCUGGUUCCCGCAAAUGAUUGAGAGCAUCGGCAUGAGUGGAAGUGGAGGCCUCAUGGCUGGCAUCGUUUUCGUAGCAAGCUGGUUGCCUAUCAUUCUCCUACAGAUCCGGGGCGGUGUAUGGCGCAAGCGGAGAGCAUUGAAGGAGGAGAGUAGGCCAAGCGCGGCACCAGGGCGUGGUGAUUGA